CUGCAGGAUGCUGGCGAAAUGAUUCCUGCAGGGAUCAUACACACACACAGGACCACAACCCACUGAACAAAGGAACUUUUCAGCAACUCAGCAUUUGACUUUUACAGCUCAAGAAUGGAACGAGGAUUGAUCCUGUUGGUUGCUGCAUUGGGGGUUUAUGUGGCAUCGGGUGUCCAAGGAACGUCUAACUUGUCAUUUUCCAAUAAUACACAGGUGAACAUCUCUCAAAAUGGUUGUGGAGUCACUAAACUGUGUGUGCGGACUCCAGACAACUGUGAUCCAACUGGAAACACCAGCUGUCUGUUUGCAUCUGUGAUCUCCACCCCAAUAGCACCCAGCGGCUCUGCAAUGUCCUUCCAACUCAGGGGAGACUCCGUGGGAUACAUCGCACUGGGACUCACUGUGAAUGCUUCAGUUGGUACCACCAUGCUUUUCAUCUGCGCUCAAAACAGCUCCAACAGUGGGAGCUUCUUCUUCCAGGCGAUAGAUCUGACCAACACCAACAGCGUUCUCACUCCAGCUGAGAGGAUAACAACAGAAAUCCGUGGCAUUGUAAAUGGAAAUGUGAUCAAGUGUGAGUUCACUGUCCCGAACAUGAACAGCACCACCUUCUCCAUCCUCCUCGGGACUGGGACUCUGCUUGGUAAUGGUUCCAGCUCCUUCAAUAUCUCCCUGAACAGCGGCUUUCUGAACCUCGCCAACCCAGCCAGCAACGUCCCCACCACAGUACCACCAGUGGUCAACACAACAGUGGCCAACACAACAAUGCCCAACACACCAGUGGCCAGCACAACAGUGGUCAACCCAACAGUGGCCAGCACAACAGUGGUCAACCCAACAGUGGCCAACACAACAGUGGUCAACCCAACAGUGGCCAACACAACAGUGGUCAACCCAACAGUGGCCAACACAACAGUGGCCAGCACAACAGUGGCCAACACAACAGUGGCCAACACAACAAUGGUCAACCCAACAGUGGCCAACACAACAAUGGUCAACCCAACAGUGGCCAAAACAACAGUAGUCAACCCAACAGUGGCCAGCACAACAAUGGUCAACCCAACAGUGGCCAGCACAACAAUGGUCAACACAACAGUGGCCAACACAACAGUGGCCAGAACAACAAUGCCCAACAGCACUGGAGCUGUCCAGCCUCACGCUGUGCUGCUCCUGCUGAGUGUCCUCACACUAUCCGUCAUGCUGAGAGCCUGAAAGGAGUAGGCUAUCGAGUUCCCAGUUCGAUACAAUGAAGGCAGAGGAGUGGAGAACUGUUGAGUGUCAAGCUAUUGAUAAAUUGUUUUCAUGGAACUUUAAUUAAUUAAUUUGCAUUAAUGAAUGAUUAAUUUAAAAACAUUGGAAGUAUCUUUUGCACAAUGUUUUUACCUGAGAUGUACUGGAGCUGAAACUCCAGCUGUUCACUUGGUAUUUGCAAAAAUGUCCUCAUGGUUUUAGUGACUUUAGUGAUUUAAUUUGUCUGCAUAGGACUAUAGAAAACAUCUUUGUAUUCCAGUUUGCACUGUUUACUGUACACUUUGGUCUGACGAGUUUUAGCUGUGUACGGAACAUCUUGGCAGUAUAUCUCAACGGACAAACAGCCUGCACCCUUCACAGGAAACCCAACCCAAGAGUGUGGUUAUGUUUUAAUAUUGACGUGAAAUGAUCUGUGACUGUGAAAUAUUUGUUGAAGGGACAGCAAAAAAGCUCCACCUGUUCUAAAAUAAUAAAGUUGAAACUAUGGUUUCCUUGUU